AAAAAAAAAACGUCAACUGAACUGUCAAAUUUCAAUUUUAACAUUAUAUACAGACGAUACAGACUGAAAGGUCUGAACAAAAAAAAUAAAAAAUAAUACUUGUAAAACACGUUCGGUUGUUAUUGUUUUAGUCUUUUCUUUGAAAAUAGCUAUUACUUUUUAGAUGCCUUUACAUAGGGUUGUGACGUUAUCGAGGUUGGUUACUCAAUGCAGCCGGUCCAGCUCACUUUUGUUGUGUAAAACCCAACAAUCCUACAGUUGCAGAUUCAUCACUCUAGAGAACCCAAAACAUGGCAACCAAUUCAAAAAUGAGAAAUUACGAACAUACAUUGUCGAACGAUACAUCCAAUAUGUCAAAGGUUACACUAAAGUGCUGGAAACCAGAUUUCCGAGAGCCAUGCAAAUGUACAGAGUAUUCAGCGUUGGCAUUAAGGAUUUCCUGAAAGAUUUGAAGACAUAUAUUGGUUUACGGAUUAAAGUGGCUAGGGAGCAGGGCUUCAGCAAUAUGAGUCGGCAGGAUAUUGAACUGUACCAGAAAAUGCCUUCAGACAUGCUGCGGAUAGCACCGGUGUUGAUAUUGUCCGCCAUACCUUUUGGGAACUAUGUGAUAUUUCCUUUAGCCUUUCUCAAACCAAGAACACUUCUCUGCUCACACUUCUGGUCGAUCCAGCAACGCGCCGAAUUCACCACACAGGAGUUGACAGAACGACUCAGAAACAACAAGCCUGUAUUCAGAGCACUGCAGGCAAAAUUGGACUCUAUCCCUGACAGCGAUUUGAAGGAUAAAUGGGCGAGGGUUAUUGGGCUGUUAGGAUCGGGAGUCCAUCCGACGGCGCUAGAGAUUCUGGCGUGUAAGGAACUGUUUGAGAAGGAGCCUUAUAGUCUGAAUAGUUUGACCUAUACACACACAGGUCACUUACUAAAAAUGUACGGCCAACGGCGCGGUAUUCUCCGGGUCUCCAAACUCAAGCACAAAGCGUUCAUGCUCCUCCAGCUCGACCAAGCGAUCCUCCGCGAAGGAGGCGUCGACGAGCUACCAACCGAAUCCUUAAGAUACGCCUGCCACUUGCGCGGCCUUAACAGUAGCCAUUUGACUAACAAAGACAUGAGGAAGUGGUUAGAGAAGUGGCUGUCGAUAUCGCAACAUGUUGAUAAAAGUACUUAUUCGCUGCUGCUGCACUGUCCUAUAUUGUUAGCGUAUAAUCAUCCACAGAAUUGGAUGUUGAUAUAUUAGUGGUCUUUGGUGUUGGUGUGAUAGUUUUGAUGGUACUGUAUGAUAUGUAUGUAUUACUUAGCAUGAGUGAUUGUACCUGACAGUAUUCUAAAAAUUGCUAUGUUCAGUUCAGACCAUUCUUUUCAAGAUCAAAACUUCGGUAGGUACGACGUAUUUGACCAAUAAUGCAUGAAGUAUCGAUAUUGAUACUGAAACUAGUGCUUAUUCUUAAUUUGAAGUGAAUAUUGUUGUCACUUAGUGUGAGAAUUGAUACUUCGCGCAUCUAAGGAAUAAAUCAUACUAAAGUGUAUGAAAAGCAAACACACAAUCUGUGUUAUUUAGGUACUUUUCUCUGGCCUUAAAAGUAGUAAUAUCUUCCAAAUAUCGAAAACCGAAGAAUUUUGUUUAUUAAAAUAGCAAAUUAAAAAAUAAUAAUAUAUGUUUGUUUUAAAAAUGUUAACCAUUUUUAGAUUUUUUUUAUUUCCUUGUUUUUCAUUAAUUGAUAAGUAAAUAUGCUCUAUAAAAUGUAUAAUAAUGUAAAAUGCGAAAAUUUACAAAAAGGGUAAAAAAGUUAAGCACAGUUUUAUAGACUCGAUUCGAAUAUUAUUAGAUUAUUACACGUCCAUUAUAAAUUAUAAUGUAUAUCUAUGAGACCAAUACGGGUAACUCUUUCGCUGCGGAAUAAGUGUCUUCACAUUGGGGCCUGUUUACACAUUGGUUAGUUUAUUGCGAGCUCAUAAAUUAGCCACUAACGCAAGUAGCAAAUGUAUGAACACGCGAUAAACCCAAAUCAGUGUGUAAACAGGGCUAUAACCGCGAAAAUCGAAGUUCGUCAAUUGCCGGCAUUUUUACCUGUCACUCUAAUUAUGUCUUAGUGAGAGUAAAAGAGAAAGAUCCCCGUAAUUUGAGAAUUUCGGUUUUCGCGGUAGGCCCCUCAGGCCCUAAUGUGAAUGCUAGCACCCUUAACCGUAUUUAGAUGAUUCAGAAUUAAUGAGACUAGACUGACGUUUUAUUAAGUAUAUUUUAUGAGAAUAUCAUAAAAAUAUAAAGUUAGGUACUUUGAUUUUCGUUAGUUUUCAAACUGUUAGCCUACUUAAGCCUAUUUUGAAUGCCACUUAAUAAAAGCAUUUUUUUUUGUUAACUUUGAAUGCCUAUUUGUAAACAAUUACCAUUUUUUAUUAUUCUAGAAAUGAGCCUAAUGCAUGGCCCUAAUGACCGUAUAUCGAUAAAAGCUUGCUUUGCAAGUUUAGUCAUAUAAUAUUUAUUUUGUGAUUUGUCAUAACUAAUUUAUUAGUUGGUUCUAAACCACUAACCACUCUAAGAGUUGCUGUUAUGAAAAUAAAUAUGUUUAAUUUA